AUGACACAUUGGUACAAUUAUCUAUUACGUCUCGUUAUAUAUCAUGGAAUAUUUCUUGGUUUUACCUGUGUUUAUAUAGAUGUUUCUAGACGCCUGGUGAAAUCCUAUAGUUAUGUGAAAAUCUUUGUAUGUUUGCAAAAUUUCGUAUAUAUAACCAUUACCACAUGGUAUCUUAUAGACGAUUUUAUUCAGUUUGAUAUACGUAUUAGUGAAAAUUUGGUUAUAUCAUUUGCUUAUAUAGGCGUUAGCUUUUCACGCCUGAUUUCUUUGGUUAUGAUCAUAUUGUUGCGUUUCAAAGGAGAUCAAAUUUUGGAGAAAUGUUUGAAAAUGUUUUUGUCGCUGCAGCGCCAAUAUUUUGAUGGAAUACUUUACGAGGCUAAUGGGGGAAAUACUAAAAUAAUAAUGAUAAUCAACAUUAUAAUAAUGACUGCCAAUAGUUUGAUUACUCUAAUUAAAAUUGUGCCAAUAUUACUGGAAGAAGCUUGGGUCUACGCCGUCAUAGUUUUUUGGGAUGGCUAUUUAUACGCCCUACAACAUUAUGCAAUGCUGCAUCAUGGACUUAUAUUAAGUUAUAUUAAUUAUUGUUUUUCUCAAUUAAAUGAGAAGCUGCAAUAUGGAAAAGUGGAACCACCGUUAGCCAAUGUUUAUUUUCGUCUAUCGAAAGUAUUGCAAGAAUUGAAUGCCCUCUAUGGUUCCACCAUUUUCAGCAUGCUUUUGAGCAUUCUGCUAACCAAUUCAAUAUCUACUUACGGCAUUUUAAUAAAUAUAAAAAAUGGCGAAAAUUUUCUAGAAUACGAGUAUUUAUUACCAGCAAGCGUUUUAAUAUUUAUGUCCAUCGAUUUAUAUUUAUAUUUCUUAAUAUGUGAUCGUGUGAAUGAGACUGCAAGAGAAACCCAGAGAGUUAUAUUGGAAUAUACUAUUAGAAAUAAUAAUCAGGAGGUUGAAUUAUUAUUUCUAGGACGUUUAGUUUUGGGAUCUAACAUCAAUAUCUGUCGCAUGUUUGAUAUAGAUUUAAAUUCAUUCUUUGUCCUGGUUGGUGGUAUUGUUUUAAAUGCAAUUAUCUUAUUCCAAAUACAUUAUACAAAAUUAAUAGAGUUAUCUUAUGAUUAUUAA